UUCCUUGCCAAUCCCUUAGAAAAAGAAAUAUUAGAAAGGGGCGAACGACGCUGGGAAAGAGCGAGAAGAAUCCAGAAGAGAAGAUAACGUAGAAAAGACAGAUGAAAAGAGGGAUAGUGAGGCGGGAGGAAGCGAAACACGAGCGUAAUCAAACUGUCAUGCCACUCCACAAGUCUUCCCACAAGGCGCCUCGCCUGGACCCCACCAUGAUCUCAGCUCCGCUGGGGGACUUCCGCCACACCAUGCACAUCGGGAGGGGCGGAGAUGCUUUCGGUGACACCUCCUUCCUGGCUACUGUCGGCCCCAGCCCUGACCCUGGGUCUCCGGGUGCCACGGCAACAAACGACUCAAUGGCGCCUGUCGAUUCCGAGACGCCACUUAACCACACUGAUGAUGUCACGGAUGACUUCGGAAGCCCGCUGAACAGUGAGCUUCAGCAUUCCGGGUCGGUGUCGUCUUUCACACUCGAUAUGGAUUUCGACCUGGGCCCGUCCAUCAUGGGUGAUGUGCUGGGGGUGAUGGAUGGACUGGGGCUGGACUCAGACUGGACUGGGACCCGCGCUAACGAGGAAGACGUCUUCAGUCCAAGCAAAAGUCUUGUCGUUGAAGUGGAGAAUUUCAAAAUGGCGGAGGAGGAGCAGUCUGUCAGCAUAAGGAAUGAGCUGAAUGAGAAGAAGCUUCUAGGGAUGGAGGGAGAUGGAAGGAUAAUAGACGGGGAGGGAGGGAUCAAGGCCAAAGGCCUGAGGCCGAAGGUGAGAUUCAGCGACAAACGAGAGGAGAUCAUUCGCCAAGCGUCGGAGGAGGAAGGUCAAGGGUUAGACGGUGAGGAGGAGUGUGUGAUUCUCACCGAGGAAGAUCGAGACAGAGGGAACAACGUCAUCAGCAUGCCAAUCACGGGAAUAGAGGUACAACACACCAAUCACAAGGCGGAUUCGCCUUCCAGUCCCGCCUCCUCACACAGCUCAGAGUAUGAGGGUGUCAACCCAUUGGACAGGAGGAGGGUUGACAACUGUCACUCAGAGACUGAUUCAGAGGAGGAGGAGGAGGAAGAGGAAGGGGGAGACAAUGGACGGGGCUACACAUUCGAAGAUGAGUUUGAUGAUGAAAUCGGCCUAUAGGAGUGCAACGCUGCGUCUUACGUCAACCAAUCAGAGGAUAAAAUGGUUCCUCGUUGGUUGUCAACUAUGUACAGUUUACUUCCUCUAUGCAUCAUUCUGCAAAUUAUCAUUCAAAAGGGAGGUUUAACCAAAGCUAAGUAUUUCAGAACAACAACUGGACAUUUGAAGAGUCUCUGUUGAAAUGCUUUUGGGACCAAAUUGCUCCUUUGGAUCCUCAGUCAUAGAUGUGCAGUUAGUCAACAGUUACUGCAGGAAUCCGUUUCAUUGAAUCAAUCUUAUAAGAUCCAAUUAAUGGACAAAAAGAUUUAACCUUUGAAAUAGCCACCUAGUAUUCACAUCAUAUUUGAAAUACUAAAUUUUUACAGACUCUUUACUUCAAUUUAUUAUCUGUCUCAAUUCUAAAUACACAAAGAAUAGCCUAGUAUUGUUUUAGGCCAAGCUGUUUUUCGGUGAAUAAAUAGCCUAGUUUGCAGCACUUUAAUUCAUUUCAAGAAACUGGAAGCUUUACUGUUGAAUCAAUGCUCAGUAAAAGAUAAUGACAGUUUGUUAAAUGACAAUGAUUAAGGCAAAUUGAAAUGUUUUAGUUUUACCAGGUCAAAGGUGUUCUUUUUUCUAAAGAGGAAGCGCAUAUGAUACAGAAAGACUUAUGCCGAAGGUGCCUUAAAGGGAGUUGUUGUUCAUAUCCCUGUGCUUUAACUCACUAUAGCCAUGUCUUUCUUCUUUAUGUUGUAUUUUCAUAUCAUGUAUUGCUCAGAGCAAAUUGCUUUGUUGACUGUUUUGCCUUGAGUCUUAAAAUGCUCUUUAGAAACAAACUAAAUGAACCAGCCUUUUCAGGACAAAUACAGAAUUCUUUGCCACCAGUUUCUCCACCUAAUUCAUGGAAAGUGUUUUUUUCUGAGCGUUUUAUAGUUUUCUUGUUAAAUGCCACUGGGUCGUUCCACGAAAUGAGUCCUUUUUAGGUAGUGUAACUUGAAGAAAAAAAACCUAUAUAUAUAUAUUUCACCUCAUUUUAAUUUUCUGUAACAACGAGCACAUGUUCAUCUUAAUAAAACACGUUUUCCCAUCUCAAGAGGUUAAAUAAAAUAAAUAUUAUAAGUGUCAAAUAAAGUAACAGGGUUGAUGAUUUCAUC